UUACGCCCUUCCUGAUAGGAGCCGAGGAGAUGAUACUCGGAUGACAGACUUUCCAUCCCAUCCAAUCCCCUUAUAUGACUCGAUGGAGGUGUGAUAUUGAGUCUGUGAUAGAAGUGUAAUGGUGGUGUAAAGUCUUGGGUGAUGUGCAUUUGUAUGCGUGGUAAUUGUGAUUCUUGCGACGGUGCUGAAUGGGCGGAGGGGAAGACGAAACCAAGAGACUCGAAGAAGCCCGUGUCUGCGCGGCGGCGGAGUGUGACGACGAGGAAGUCGAAGAUGCCCUUACCGUGACCCUGGACCUGAAGUGCGAGGAGAUCCUCAUGCCUCCUCCUCCUCGUACCUCCAAACGUUUUCCCCUAGGUCCCCUCCUCUUUUCCACCCUACUCCUUCUUCUACACCUGUCCCCUGUAUAUUCCUCUCCUUCUACCAUCUACCAUAAUGAGUUUGCUGUCCACAUCCCCGCUGGGUCGGAUGUCGCCGACAGGAUCGCCGAGAAGCACGGCUUUGUCAAUCAUGGCCAGGGUGUCACAGUUGUGCAUUAUCGUUGGAUACCUAAUGGUGACUCUCCUACAGUAGAGGAGAGGCUGGACGUCCCUGUCUGUGGUCACUGGGUAUCUACUCCCCAAAAUCCAGUUUCAUCGCUGGGUUUCCCAUCAUGCAGUGAUGCUUGGUUGAGUCCAGUAGGAAGGAGAAUAGAUGUUCUCUGUGGUCGCUCUGUGCAUCCAAUUCGCGCUUCCUAUGAGCACCUUGGCAUUGUUGUUGUGCUGAUGAGACUCGCUAUCAUCAUCGUCUGGUUUGUGGUGGGUGGAGCCAUCAUGAACGGGUUAGAAAGGGAAAGUGAGUACAAUGGAAUGAGGCUGGUUCACUUGAGCCUGUUGUCUCGUCUGUCCAGAACAAUUCCCGACUUGUAA